AAAAAUCAGUCUGUUGUCGCAACUGAAACGCGAAGGUUGUCGGUGUGUUGGUUGUCGAGUCGAGCGCAACGUUGUCUCGUUUUAGCCGCUGGGCGAGAAACAAAAAAAAAUAUAACAACAACAACACAAAUUUAAAAUCGGAAAAGAAAUACAACAAUAAAACAUACAAAUAGUGUUUUAACGUUUUUUGUGAGUUUGUCGACCAAGUCUAAGCAACACCGAGUAGUAUUACAGGAGGCCAAACCAAAGCAACAAGAACCCAACCCCUACUUCAAGCCAAGUUGCCACAAGCACAUGCAAAUUCAUCAGAAUCGCCAUAGAGAGUAGCUGGCUACGUUCUACAGAUACAAUAGCUAGAUAAAGUUCUCCAACACAUUUCCGCACUCGGCACAGUGGGACGAAACUGGAAACAUACGCCUGCACAACACAACACACAAAAAAGAUGCCCAACAAGAAAAUAAACAAAAUGCCUUUUGCCCAAUUCCAAUUGCAAUUUCGAUUCUGAUUUCGAUACCAUUCUCAAAUCGAAUUCCAUAACCAAAGUAAAGUGCGCGGUGGCAAGAAUAUUUUAAGUGUGUUCUGUGCUGUGCAACGGCUGCAACGCGUUGUGCAAUCGCAAAAAUACUUUCUAAUAAAUAGCCACAGACAGGCCCAGACACAAAAAUAAAUAAGCAUCAUCGAGGUGUCGACUACAUCGCCCAGAUUCCAGAUUCUCCACUUCACUCUCGAGUUCCCCCACUCGAUACUGUUGCAGUCAUCUUAUUUUCUAUUUUCUGGGAGCACGUGUGAACGUAGGUCGUGGCCAAGGUGUUCAAAGACAACUACAACAACCGGAGAAGGAGCCGCAACGAGGUGUACACAUUCGGCACCAUGGAGGGCGGUUACGUAAACGAAGAGGAUUCCGAUGCCAUAAUGGGCGUGGAAAGUCCAGCCAUCAUAUCCUAUACAAAUCCCAAACUGCAAAAUUCAUCAAUCUAUGCGCCAACAACAACAACAUCAGCAAAAACGCCAACUGGGAAUGCGCCUAGCAUCGCCAUCGAAAUCGCUUCAUCAUCAUUAUCAUCUUCAGCUCCAUCGUCCGAUUCAUCGACAGUGCCAGCAGUGGGCGUGGCAGCUGCCCCCCGUUGUGGUGGUAGUGGUGCAUUCAAUGGAUUCGUUGCAAAGUGGCGCAAUUUCAAAUUCGAUGAAUCGAAAAAGAAUAUUAGAAAACGUUUGCAUUUCGAUUACAUAUCAAAGGACAGAUUUUUGGGCGGACAGCUGAAGACGAAGAAUGGCCAGAAAUAUGUGUUCAAUGGUCCGCCAUCGGGCGUUUAUGUGUCAAAGACCUGCUUGAUCAUCUCGGCAUUCAUCAUGUUGGCCGCGUUGAUUUCCUCGGUGCUCAUCACCUACUUCCUGACCGCACAGACUUUGCCCAUUGCAGAGCCACAUCCCAGUGCCCAGGCACAGUCAAAGGAUCAUGCUGAGGAUGCGUUGAGCAAUUCACACGCAAAUUCAACGCCUUUGCUGCACGCCAAGUUCGAAAUCCCCGACUGGCUAAAGGAGAAUCCGGUAACCACUUUGGCACCGCCACCCGAAGUUCCGCCUGUGGUGCUGCUCAACGAGGACAAAUCGUUGGCCACGCCCGUUGGCGAUAUACCGCCCAUCAGCACAGACGAGACACUCAACACCAGCGAUGUCAAGUCAAGUGAACGUCUGCUCCAGCUCUACGAAGGCUGGCGUCCAUUGCAUUACAACAUUGUCAUUGAGCCAAAUAUCGUCACAUCCACCAGCAAUGGCAGCCUGAGCAUUGAAAUCGAACGUGAUGCCAAGAUUAGCAGCUGGGAACCCAUUGUGCUCGAUGUCCACAACGUGAGCAUCUCCAAUGUGCGUGUCAUAAGAUCUCCACUAUCGAACGCCAGCGAGGAAAUCGAACUGGACUUUGAAUGCGAUUAUGGUGAAGGCAAUGACACAUUUGUUGUCAAACUGGCCAACAAGCUGGCCAACGAGACGCAAUUGCGUGUGCUGCUCAGUCUGGACUUUGUCAGCCAGGUGACGGAUACGCUGCAGGGCAUCUACAAGACCAGCUACGACGAUCCCAGCCAAAAGCAGUCGCAAUGGGUUAUCAGCACACAGUUCUCGCCUAUUGAUGCGCGUCGCGCUUUUCCCUGCUUCGAUCGUCCCGACAUGAAAGCCACCUUUAGUCUGAGCAUCAUUCGUGACAUCAAGGCGUCCAUGGCGCUGUCCAACAUGCCAGUUGCACGCAGCAGCCCCCAUCGUCCUGGCUAUCUGCGCGACGACUUUAUGAUCACGCCCAAAAUGCCCACAUAUCUGCUGGCCUUCAUUGUCUCCAACAUGGUUGAAUCGCACUUUGCCGAUCUCGAUGGUGGACUUGUCCCCCGUGUAGAAAUCUGGACACGUCCCUCGUCGGUGGAUAUGACACAUUAUGCCUACAAAAUGGUGCGCAAGUUCUUGCCCUACUACGAGAAUUACUUUGGCAUCAAGAACAAGCUGCCCAAGAUUGAUUUAGUCUCGGUGCCUGACUUUGGCUUUGGUGCCAUGGAGAAUUGGGGUCUGAUUACGUUCCGUGACUCGGCGCUGUUGGUGCCCGAGGAUCAGGAGUUGGCUUCCUCGUCGGAGCACAUGCAAUUUGUGGCUCAGAUUAUUGCACAUGAACUGGCACAUCAAUGGUUUGGCAAUCUGGUGACGCCCAAGUGGUGGGAUGAUCUCUGGCUGAAGGAGGGUUUCGCCUGCUACAUGAGCUACAAGGCGCUGAAUCAAGUGCAUCCCGAGUUCCAGAUCAUGGACACCUUUACGGUGCUUGAGUUCAAAGAGUCCAUGCAACACGAUGCGGCAAACACGUCGCAUGCCAUCUCCUUCGAUGUGAAGACCACCAGCGAUGUGCGGCGCAUCUUCGAUCCCAUCAGCUACUCCAAGGGCACCAUUCUGCUGCGCAUGCUCAACUCCAUUGUGGGUGACGACGCGUUCCGCGGAGCUACACAGGAUCUGCUCAAGGCCUUUGAAUACGGUAACAUGAAUCGCGAUGAUCUCUGGGGUUUCCUAACACGACAUGGCCAUGAGAAGGGCACGCUGCCCGCGGACUUGAAUGCCAAGCAGAUUAUGGACUCGUGGAUAACCCAACCUGGCUACCCCGUGGUGCAUGUGGAACGUUCUGGUUCGGAUUUGGUGCUGCGACAGGAGCGUUAUUUGCUGCCUUCUCGCAAUCCCUUGGAUAAGAGUCGUUGGUUCAUACCCAUCACCUUUGAGACGGAUGAGCUGCACAAGGGUGACGACAUACCCACGCAUUAUAUGACCCAGGACCACGAGCAGGUGCUCAUCAAGGAUGUUUUCACCGGAACGAACAACAACGAUAGCGUUGUCUAUUUGAAUCUGAACAGACAGAGCUACUAUCGCGUCAACUAUGACACGGCUUCGUGGCUGGCGUUGAAGAAGAAUUUCAGCAUGGUGCCCAGAAUUACACGUGCCCAGCUGCUAGACGAUGCACUGCAUCUAUCUCAGGCCGAAUAUCUGCCAUACGAUAUACCUUUGACGUUCCUAAUGGAGUUGUACACGUCCGUGGAUGAUGAGUUGUUGUGGAGUGCCGCCAAGCCAGGUCUCAACUAUCUGAUUUACAAUCUGAAACGCGAACCUGCCUACGAGACCUUUAGGGCGUUUAUGAAGUUUAUUGUGCGUCCCGCCUUCGAUCAUUAUGGUCUUAAUGAGCCCGACAAUGAGUCGCAUUUGCAGCUGAAGCAUCGCGCCCUUGUUGCCAGCCUUGCUUGCAAAUUCAACUACGAUCGCUGCACACAAGUGGCCCACAUGAAGUUCCGCGAUUGGAUGCGUGAUGCCAAAAGGAAUCCCAUUAAGCCAAAUUUGAAAUCUGUCAUCUACUGCACGGCGCUGGCGGAGGGUUCGUAUCAGGAAUGGUACUUUGCCUAUAAGCAAUACAAACGAACCAACAGCGCAUCGGAAAAGGAAGAGAUUCUCACUUCUCUCGGCUGCACCACAAAGCCCUGGCUACUCUCAAAGUACCUGAAUCUGAUCGUCAACUCGACAUCGGGCAUAAGGAAACAGGAUGGCGCUUUGGCCUUCCGUUCUGUGGCCUCUAAUGCCAUUGGCUAUGAGAUCGCCUUCGACUUUUUGCAGUCGAAUAUCAAGGAAAUUUCCGACUUCUAUGGCGAUGGCUUCUCAACAAUAUCAGAGAUGAUCAAAUCCCUCACCAUCUACAUGAACAAGGACUAUCAUAAGCAGCAACUACAAUCUUUGGCAGCUCACAGCCGUAAACUGGGCUUGAAGGCUGUCGAAAUUGCCAUUGAUAUGGCCAUGGAGCAGGUCAAUGAUAACAUUUACUGGCGCAGUCACUCCUACGAAAGUCUAAAGGGAUUCUUAGAGGGCAUUGUUAGCGAGUUCGAGAUCAACAUCUUUUAAGCAUCAAAUUAAGUUAUGAAGCUUUUCAACCAAAAAUGCGACUUUAUUAUUAUUAUUCAACAGCCUCAAUAUAAUUUUAAAAACGAAUUAUUUGCGAAAAGUGAUAUAAACGUGUAAGUUAGCCAACUUAUUAAUUAAGAACCAGGAAACAAAAGAGAAAAGAGAAAAAGCAAAACUAAACCAGACGUAAAAACCUAAUUAUUUUCCUUUUUGCAAGUGUAUUGUAUAUUUAUUUAAUUGUAAGUCAGUGCUUCGUUUGCUUCGUGUAUUGUAAUUUAUUUUUGAUUUGUCGUUACGUUCCUAUGUUUGAACCAACUGCUAAAGCUCUAUAUUAAUAUUAUACGUACGAUCAUUUAACUAUAGAUUUCGAGUCGAUCGUCAUUAACUAAAAUAACAACAGUUUCGACACAUCCUCUCAUUCCCUUGCCAAAUUAAAAACAUAAACUAAAAUGUUUUUAGAAUACUUUCGAAAAACUGCUUGGGUAAAAAAUCUAAUCAUUUACGUGUUACAAUUAAAGAUCACUAGGAACUUUACUACUAAGCCAUUUAGCACUAAGUAUACCAAACGAAAUAUAUAUUUUAAACUUGUAUUAAUAUAAAACGUACCCAACCGUUGGAUUGCAACCUCAGAUAGGGAAAAAUGAGUGUCCUUAAAAGCAUGGUUUAAAGUAUUGCAAAUGCAAAACCUAAAUACAUACAUACAUACAUACACACAUAAAUUAUUCGUAAAAAAAAAACAUUAUUUUAUAAUGCCUAACACUAAAAUAAAAAGAUAAUCGCUUAGUGCACAACCAUGUAAAUAAGUUUUAAAGCCAACUUAAUCUACAACACAAAAAAUAAACGAUGUAAUUACGUACAUUUUAAUUCAA